UUCUACUGAAGCCAGACACGAGUUAACAGCGUUUUAUCGGUUCUAUGCAUUUUUCCUUCACAAACUUUCAAAUAUCGAAAUGUGCAUAUCGUCAAAUCUUCCUUUAUCGUUAAAUUGUUCAUCACCCCUGGCUUUAUACGUCAACGAUAAGAACGGGCGUGCUUCGAUGAAUAAGAUCCAAUUUUAAAGACAAAGGUUUAAUCUAAGACCCCGCCUUUUCGAAUUUUUGAGUAAGUUUCAUUUUCUUUGGAAAAAAAAAAAAAAGAAUUCCGAAAUAUUUUUCCGAAAAAUUUGGAAAAGCAGAGUUCUAGAUUAAACGUUCGUCUUUAAAAUGAACUUUGUUUAUCAAAAUCGGUCAAAAAUUAUGGCCGUUUUCAUUGGUGGCAUAAAUGCUGCUUUCGACAUUUUUCACGAAGAAAAAAUUUCGCAUUGUGGCGCCUCUUGAAAUCUGCGACAAAAGAGAAGAAGCUGGCCAUUACUGAUUUUCAUAUCACGCUUGAACCGUGUAUUUUGUUUUUAUGAAGUAGACGAUUGCCUGCUUGUACGUGUCCGCAAACUGACUGAUUUCAGUUCAGAAAAUCUGAAUCAUUCCAAAUGCAAGGAAGUGCAUUUCACGAUGCACACGCCACGGAGAAAUUACUACGAAUGUUACUACACUCUAAUAAGUAUUUAGACAGACAGUAAUUUAGACAGAUGAUUAUAUGGGAAAAAUAAUACGUGUCCAAUUCUUCAUGUCAAUCGAGUCUAACUUUCUUUAAGAUAUCGUUAAAUUUUGGAAUAAUUUCUCGUUCCUUUUAUUCUAGAGCACAUUGACAGGCACCUAAAUUCGUCAUUCAGAAAUCCAGAAGGCUAAAUGAGAAAAGUCGAAUGAAUUCGAUGAGAUUGGUCGAUUUUCUUACUCUUACGUCUUAUCAUAUUUAAUCUUAUUUCUAGCGGUUAAAUUUUAAACUAAACUUUCCAUUGUGAAUAAUGCCAAUGUAGUUUAGUUUAAAACUUAACCGCUAGGUAGUGUAACAGUGAUCUUAUAGUUUAUAUCUGCCUGCGUAUAUCUCUAUGAUCGUAGCAGUUAUUAGUAGUUGUUUUCGUCAUUUAAUCGUAUCGAAACAAAUAUCUCACGAAUUAUUAUUUAUUUUAUUUUAUAAACUGAUUCACCAUGAACGUAGAAUUAAUGAAUCAUUAUAUAGAAAUUUUGACCACCUACGUUUAUGACAAUGAUAAGGCGGUUACGUAUAAAUGGUUAAGCAAAGAAUUAGAGGUCCAUGUAAAUGUAGCAAAACAAGUUUUGUGGGAAUUCUGGCAGAGGCAUCGAAAGGAAAAUAACAUCGAGUCUACAGUUAUGUUGAUUGGUAAUUUAAAGUCGGGUGGAAUGCGGGUAGAAGUUGUGAAAGAAUCAAAUUUAGAUGCAGCAAAAGAUAAAUUUAAUAAUAUAAUAUCGGAACAUUUAUACAGUAUACAAAAGUCUAUACCUGACUUAGACUCGCUUUUUACCUAUGAUAAAGGAGAUGUUAGAUUUGGUGCUAUUAAAUGCCAUGAAAGUGUAGAACGCAGUGACGAAGAACUCUCUAUUUUACGAUGGGGAUCGCUAUUCAAAGAUCAUUCUAUUCCAAAGCGGGAUGAUGAGAAGUUAAAGUCUAUAAAGAUAUCCGAAGAAGUAGGCAUUUCUGAAAGAAAUGAACAUAAUCAGACAAAUGGAAAAUAUAGAGAUAAGAAGACUAUUUCAGUAUCUCAGAAAAGUGGCCUUAAUAAUCUUUUUGGAAAGGUUCAUAAUAAGGAAAAAGAUAUUUCUUCAAAAUUUACAUCUAUCAAUGAAGAAACAUCACCUAAGAAGAAAUCUAUCGACAAACAAAAUUCAUCUCCAAAGGAAAGUAAAUCUGUUAAGAAAAAAGAGAAAAGUGGUAUUGCCAGCUUUUUUGGAAAAAGUUCAGACGUUAGAAAGUAUUCUGAUAAAGAAGAACAAGCAGAUAAUAGUACGAAAGAUGAUAUAAAAAGUAAUGCUGCAAAGGCACAAGUUAUUUCUACUAAAAAUAAUGAUAAAACAAAAAACGAAACACGUGGGAUAAAACGAAAUCGUAGCGAAGAAUCUAAGAGUGCAGUUAAAAAACGGAAACGUAUAAUCGUGAAUGAUGAUUUAAUAGAUUCUGAAAGUGAAGAUGAACGUGUGAAGUCUACAGAGUCAGAGUCAGAACAAGAGAUGGAAAUUAUUUCAGAUAACAAAGAGAAAUCCCCUUCUCCUCCUCGUUCGAUGGAUAAUAAUGGUAAAGCAAGGAUUCUUAAAGUGGUCGAUCAAACUUACGAAGAAGAUGGUUUUCUUGUAACCAAAAAGGUACACGUAUAUGAAAAUUGUACGGAAAACGUGACGGAGAAAACGGCAAAUGAAGAAGAUGAAACAAAGAAGAAGAAAGUAUCUGCAGAUGUUGCUAAAGUACAAACCAAGAAGAAGCAAACUACAUUAACUAGCUUCUUUAAAAAAUCAUAAUUUAUAUAAUAGGUUUAAAUAUAGAUAUAAAAAAGUUAUAUCUGCUUUAUAUACAUAUAUAUAUCAUAUUUUUUUUAUUAAUUUAUUACUUAUAAUAAAACGGCCAUCUCUCCAUUUUAUUAUUAUUAUUGUUAUUAUUAUUAUUAUUAUUAUUAUUAUUAUUAUUAUUAUUAUUAUUACUAUUACUAUUAUUACAUGUGAAUAAUAUUUGCCUUUCCUCAUUUUCUCUCCAACAUCAGAAUUGCCAAACCACAUUCCUACCAGAUUCCUAUCACAUCAAUUUAAUGAAUAUCAUUUUUAGAAAGAGCACUCUGUUAAUUAUUUUAAUAUUACAAUAAUGAAUAAAAAGGAACAAACUUCUUCAGA